UCAACUACUGAAUAAAACUAACCUCAAUUUGUCAAAACUUAAAAACAUUUUGUUAAAAACAAUGCCUCAAGAUUACGAUUCAAAAAUUAGUCUUCACUUGGAUAUAAAUCAGGGCUUAGAUAGAGUAAGGGAAUUGGUUCAGACUCGUCUUAUUGAAAGUGGUUGGAGAGAUCAAGUAAAAUUGGCAUGUCGUAAAGCGAUUUUAGAUAACGGAGAGAAUCGUGUACCAACAGUAGAUGAGCUCAUAGCUCAGAUUACACCCAAAGCUAGAUCCAUGGUACCAGAUGCUGUAAAAAGAGAACUUCUUCACGAAUUAGAGAUAAUACUAAUAAAUGUCGAUAAAACAGGAUACAGUAAAGGUUUUUAAAUAAAAAUGAUGGUAUUAAUUGUAAAUAAAUUUAUUUAUAAAUCGUAAAUGUGUAAUUUUAUUUCAAGAUUAGAGAUUCAUUUGU